AUGGUAAUUGCUGCUCCAAUUUUGCUGAUAUUUUCGGCAGUUUCUUGCUUAUCGACAGAUGCUCUGCGCAGUAAGCCAUGGUUGGGUAUUGCUGGCUGUGUGUCACCUUUCUUAGCCACUAUUGCAGCAUUUGGACUACUAAUUUACUGUAAAAUGGAGUAUUCCGCUGGUAACGUUACGAUUAUUUUCCUGAUGUUUGGUAUUGGCAUAGACGAUGCUUUUAUAUUGAUAGCUGCGUGGAGAAGAACUGACGUGAAAGCUUGUGUUCCAGAUAGAAUGAAAGAAGCAUACACAGAAGCUGCAGUGUCCAUUACUAUAACGUCUCUGACAAAUUUUGUUUCAUUUUGCAUGGGAUUUGUGACACCAUACAAAGUGAUUCAUAUAUUCAGCGCGUAUGCAGCGCUCGCAAUCGUUUUUGACUAUAUUUAUCAGUUACUGUUUUUUGGAGGAUUCAUGGCUUUAGAUGGGUACAGAGAAAAGUAUGAUCUUCAUUCUAUUUUUUGCUGGCCGAUUAAGCGAGAUCACCAAAAAAUUGAAAACAGAAAAGAAUUCAAAUCGACAAACCAAAAACAAGAAAACAUCUUAAUGGUAAUUUUCGGCAAUGUUCUCGGCGAAAUACUGGGAAAACCAAUCGUUAAAACUAUCGUAAUUGUUCUGUUUAUGGUUUAUCUUACUGGUGCAAUAUAUUGUAUGCGAUACAUUCAAGAAGGAAACGAUGUAAUUAAAUUCUUUCCUGAUUUUUCUUAUGCGCUUAAAUAUUUAAAUAUUGAAGAUAAAUUCUUUUCUAAUUACGAUCAUCAAGUGCAAAUUGUCAUUAAUCAGACAUUAGACUACGUAAAUGUCACUGUACAAAAUGACAUAGAAGAUCUUCUGCAAAGUUUCGAGUCUGCUCCAUUUAUAUCCGAUUCAUCGACCACAGAAAGUUGGUUGAGAGAAUUUCUGGCAUUUACUAAAUCUCCAGUAGCAAAGUUUUCACUUUCCGGUUACAAUCUGAAUGACUCUGAAGACUUUCUAAAUGCAUUUAAAAAUGUUUUCUUGAAAGCAAACGUUGCACGCAGGUUUAGAAACGAUGUUGUCUUUAACAAAGAAAGUAAUAGAAUUAUUGCUUCUAGAUUCAUUAUAUCCAGUAUUAAUGACAAAAUUGAUAAAAGAAAUUUUCUUCGGAAAGUACGAAAAAUUGCCGAUACCAGCAAAAUUCCUGUAAUUGUAUAUAAUUUUAGAUUUAUGUAUUAUGAUCUCUAUAUUAACUCUUUUACAAACUGUUUAAAAGCCAUCAGUUCUGCAGCGGGUACAGUGACUUUAGUGUUUCUUUUGUUUACUCCUAACAUACUGUUUCUUUUGUCUAUUGUCAUAACUAUUGUUUCCAUUCAGGUUGGUUUGAUUGGAUACAUGUCCUUAUGGAAUGUAACUGUAAGUCCGCUCUUAGUAAUAGUAUUAGUAAUGUGUACGGGAUUUUGUGUAGAUUAUACAGUUCAUACGUUUUUUGCUUUUAUCAGUUGCAAAAACAAAACACCAAACGAGAAAAUCAAAAGUUGUUUAUAUGCCGCUGGAUAUCCUGUUUUGCAAGGAUGUGUAACUACCGUUUUGGGUGUUUCGGUAGCGUAUUUUGGACCAUCGGAAACAUUUCUGAUAAUUUCUAAAAUUGUAACAUUAAUGGUAAUCUUUGCGUUAUUUCAUAGUCUUAUACUAUUGCCUGUAGUUCUUAGCCUGUUGGAUUCUAUUCCAUUUUCAAUUUAUAAGAAGAAAAAGCAUAAGUUUGAGUGCGGCGAAAAUGAUAUUAAAGAACUGGAUUCUUUAAGAUCUGAAAACACAAUUCAGAAACAGGAAUGUUAAGAACUUUCUUUAAAUUUAUUCGAUUUAUAUAAAGUAAACGUUAACGUAUUGAAGAAACCUUAUUGUGAUGUAAACCUAAAAUCUGUGGUUUAGUUUCUUGUCAUCUGAAAAUUGAAUAAAUUAUUAGUGUACAAUUUACAAAACCGUUUUAGUUACAGCUGAAGUAUGCAGCUCGUUGUCGCUAUGCUCUGUGAGUCUUAUACUGUAGAAUGAAAACAACAGCACGUUAAUCUGUUAAUGAGUUUCAGAAUAGUUUGUGUACAAAACCUGUA